AUGGUAUACCAUAUUUUACUUCUAAUCAGUGAGUACACCUCUGACAUCGCACAGUCCACCGAAGCCCUGUACCUAGACGACGCCACCCUAUGCACAACAAGCACGCAAGUAACCUCUUCCAAGUCGUUUGCCAAUCUAAACGAUGAGGAAAAGAGGCUUGCAAGGAACAUCAGCUCUGGAGCCGACGAAGACAGGACCGAGGAUAUCUUCGCCGUCACGACACAACAAACGGUCUUUUACCCACAAGGCGGGGGACAACCAAGUGAUACGGGUAUUAUCGCAAUCUCAUUCGACGGGAAGAUCCUCCAUUUCGGACGAUUCGCUAAGGUCCCUUUAAUCAAGCAACCAUAUUUCACUGCACACCAGCCGGUAACCUUGCAUAUUGAUGCUGCCAAACGCAACUAUCACUCGCGCUUACACACAGCGGGUCACGUUCUCGGCCUCGCAAUGCGCCUUUUAUCUACGACACUGGGCGAGCGCAAAAAGGUCAAGGCGAACCAUUUCCCCCGCGAGGCGUGCUUGGAGUUCGAAGGAUUGCUGUAUAAUGAGCAUAAGCCGCUCAUCCAGGCAAAAGUCGACGAAAUCACUGAUAUGGAUCUUGAUGUGAGGAUUAGCUGGUGGAGCGAGGAGGAGGUUGAGAGGCGCAGAGACGAGCUUGAUAUGGUGGAAGGGCGAGAGGUGGGCGGGAUGGGGAGAGUGAGGGUUGCGGAGAUUGGGGAUCUGGACGCGAAUCCGUGUGGGGGGACGCAUGUGGUGAGCACGAAAAGAACGGGAAGGAUUGUGAUUAGGAAGAUUAGUAGGCAGAAAGGGAUCAGUAGGGUUUCGUACGAGGUCCCUGUCUCUUUAGAGUAG